UUCAUCGUAAUUAAUCAUGAAUGACAGCAAUGCAACCUCAAAGUUUCCUCAACAACACUCCGACUUUGGACUCAAGACCUUGAGCAAACUUCUUCCAGUUGCCAUAGUAAUAGUUCUGGCCAAUGGACUCGUGUUUGUCUUGUUUUACCGAUAUCGUCGACUUCGCACUUCUUCUAACUACGUGCUUCUCAGUUUGGCAAUUUGUGACUUCAGUACUGGCGCUAUCGCUAUUCCAUACUUCAUUGUUUAUAGUUUUGGCAUUUUUCCGCCACAAAUGUAUGAUGGGGUUUACGCCUCGCAUACAUUACUAGCUAUUUCAGGUGCUUAUCACAUACUCUUUAUUACUGGGCUCAAGUACAUGGCAACUGUCAGUCCACUAAAACACCACGUGGUGACCAAGAGCUUGGUUUUGAAAAUUGUGCUCGGCGUUUGGAUCACUUCUACUGUUUUUGCCAUCAUUCCUGUCGUUUUGCAUAUUGCCGAAGCAUCUGCACGUUGGGACGUUAUUCAUACUGCAGUUUUCGUUGUUAUGGUGUUCCUUUUCCCGUACAUAUUUAUGAUUUAUGCAUACAUAGCCAUGUUCAGUGCAAUUACUAAAAGGCAGCGACCAUCGUUGAUUCUGAAUAAAAACUCGCGGGGGCAGAAGAAAAAAAAAAGUGACAGGAAAUGUAUCUUGGUUUUCGUAGCCAUGGCGUCCAUAUUUGCCUGCUGUUGGUUCCCUUAUUUUAUCGUCAUGCUAUACUGA